AUGGCCAGUCUUGAUCCAGAGCUUAUUGGCCUUGAAACACGUACGGGAUGCAAUAUUUUAUAUUGUAUUGCUCGCGGUGAUGUCAAGGACAAUUUUUCACCGGGUGUACAUGCUUCUGCAAAAGUUAUUGAAGCAUGCCUUCACAUCUUCAAGAAUACACCGGAGGUGAUGGCUUUGAAGAUUGAUGGCUACAUCACAUCAGGUGUUGGGGGACUCCUCAAGAUUUCUGGCGGAAGGAAGAGCACACAGAUCAAGUCUGAGAUACGUGAUCUCAUUAAAACAGGGCUCUAUGAGAUACUAAAGAACAAACGUAGCUACAGCAACAAUGACCUCCCGAUUAUGAACUACGCCAACUACAAGAAGUUGAAUGUAAUAUGCUUCUGGAAGGCACUUAGUGAGGCUGAGUGGGACGUAAAAAGAAAAAAAAGACUUGCCGGAACACAGGAGAAAAUGCGAGCAACCCGUUCUGACAAAGGCAAGUCAAAGAAGGGCCAGAGCUAUAAAAGCAGGGCCAUCAUGGAAUCAGACGAAGAUGAAGAAGUGGAUAGCGAAAUUUGCGGGGCUGCUGAGCACAAAAGGAGCAAUGAGGAUGCGGAUAACACAGCUGAGGGCACCAGGAUCAAGGCUAACUUUGCGGACACUACACCCAACCAGCUACCUAAUGUACAACCGGCCAAUCUUGCUAUGGCAGUCACUUCAGUCACUCUCUCGUCAUCUGCUACAAACAACAGAAGCCCUACUUGUUCAGUCCACACUGCCAUCAUCCCACCUUCAUCCAGCCUAAGCAUUGUUGCACUGACACUGCCAGGGAGUCAUGGGUAUUUUUUACACUCUGAGUCCCUCCUUGACGAUUUUCAAAGUGCUGAUCCCACCUUUAAUGCCAAUCAAAUCAGCCUCAAUCCUGAUCUCAAUCCAAACCUCAUGUUCUCCCCCAUUUACAGAGACAUGAACAGAUGGGACAGUCCAUGGCUGUCACAACCGGGAGGAGGCUCCGAGUCCACGAACGGCAUGCAAUUGGACCUCACUGAUAUGCCUACCUUGGCAAACCAAACUCUGAACAGUGCAUGCAUGCGGCCUUGGGAGAUGUAG